AAAUCGGCUCCAGCCCCACCGUACGCCGUAUACACGUCGUGAGCGAAGCAAGGCAUAGCCUUUCGUGAACUCUGGGACCUCGUAGAGGACGCAGACGACGAGAAAGGGCCGUAAAGCCAGCAGCGAAGGGCAGCCCUAAAAGCCAGCACAACGCAAGGGACGCAGCCGACGCGAAAGGGCAGCCAUAAUGCGCCUCCUCCUCCUCUGCACGGCAGCCGCAGUUGCGCAAGACAAAUGCGCAGACAUACCAAAACAAGACGUAGCCCCCGUCGCGACGACGGACAUCAUCCUCGGCAAGCCCACGGGCUUCCGGACGGUCCACGCGGUGCGCUGGUCGCACGAGACGGCGCGCCAGGCGGCGGCGCGCUUCUGUGAAAAAAUAUCGGACGACAAGGAAGCGCACGAGCGCGUCGCAAGGGCGCUGCAAGAAGGUAAUCCCAUGGCGUGGCGCCAAAAUAAACUUGUGAAAAACGAGGAGUGCGAGGAGCGAGUUGCCGAAGAAUUGAAACCGAGUUUAGAUGUUGAAAAUGGCGUGGCGUCGUUCAUCGCGUCGCAAUAUGCGAACGGGACGCAACUGGCCGUGGGCGCGCAGCUCGCCGUCGCGGCGGCCAUACGGCGGUCCUGGGUUCCUACGCGUCGGGUUCUGGUGUUCGGCGCCGGGCGCGACUCGAGGAUGGUCUGCGCCGCGGCGACGACCGGUCAACGGGGUCGCGCGGUCUUCGUGGAAGACUCACCUGAGUGGGCGGCUUUGGUUCGAAAGGACCUGUCCGAGUAUUUGAUGGCUCAGGACCUGCCUGAAGAUUCAUGCGUCGUCAAGGACGUCACUUACAAUACGCAUCGCGCCCACUGGGCCGAGUGGCUCGGCCGGGGGCCGGAAUUGGCCCAACGCGUCCUGGACCAGAUCAACGAAGAGAGACAGUCCUUCGACGUGGUCGUUGUGGAUGGCCCCUGCGGCUGCAACGACCUGUGCCCGGGGCGCAUGGCGCCGCUCGCGGCCGCGGCUGAAUUGGCGGCGCCGGGGACCGGCGUGGUGUUUGUUGAUGAUUACGAUCGGUUGGUGGAACGCGUCUGGGCGAACACGAUGCUCCGACCGACCUUCGAGCACGAGGUGUUGGUGCAGGACACGGUCCUCGAGCACCUGAAAUACUUCACACACGAUAAACAAAUGGAGUGCGUCCUGCCCAAGGCGGCCGCGCCCCCUGCAAGUGUAGAGGACUACAAGGGCCUCGAGAACCACUUUCGGCCCGGCGGCGAGGAGGCGCGACAGCUCGGCUUCCCGACGGCCGAGGCCUUCGAGAACGCGACGCCCGAGCAGGCGAAGGCGGGGCUGCGCGCGCUCGCCGACAUGAUCGAGCGGCUGGACGCGCCGGUGGACCCGGCGUGGCGGUCUAGGUAGUCGUCGCGGCGAUGGCGUGGUGUGGUGUAACAAGAGAAUUUAGACAAACAGAACAGUCC